GCGCGCGCGGCCGGCUCAGUGCUGCCGGGCACCGGGGCGGCUGGUUGGUGUACGCUGUACGCUGCGGGCGUCGGAGGCAGCGGGGAGCGGAGCGGGGCCGCCGGGGCCUCUCCAGGGCCGCAGCGGCAGCAGUUGGGCCCCCCGCCCCGGCCGGCGGACCGAAGAACGCAGGAAGGGGGCCGGGGGGACCCGCCCCCGGCCGGCCGCAGCCAUGAACUCCAACGUGGAGAACCUGCCCCCGCACAUCAUCCGCCUGGUGUACAAGGAGGUGACGACACUGACCGCAGACCCACCUGAUGGCAUCAAGGUCUUUCCCAACGAGGAGGACCUCACCGACCUCCAGGUCACCAUCGAGGGCCCUGAGGGGACCCCAUAUGCUGGAGGUCUGUUCCGCAUGAAACUCCUGCUGGGGAAGGACUUCCCUGCCUCCCCACCCAAGGGCUACUUCCUGACCAAGAUCUUCCACCCGAACGUGGGCGCCAAUGGCGAGAUCUGCGUCAACGUGCUCAAGAGGGACUGGACGGCUGAGCUGGGCAUCCGACACGUACUGCUGACCAUCAAGUGCCUGCUGAUCCACCCUAACCCCGAGUCUGCACUCAACGAGGAGGCGGGCCGCCUGCUCUUGGAGAACUACGAGGAGUAUGCGGCUCGGGCCCGUCUGCUCACAGAGAUCCACGGGGGCGCCGGCGGGCCCAGCGGCAGGGCUGAAGCCGGUCGGGCCCUGGCCAGUGGCACGGCAGCUUCCUCCACCGACCCUGGGGCCCCAGGGGGCCCGGGAGGGGCUGAGGGUCCCAUGGCCAAGAAGCAUGCUGGCGAGCGUGAUAAGAAGCUGGCCGCCAAGAAAAAGACGGACAAGAAGCGGGCGCUGCGGCGGCUGUAGUGGGCUCUCUUCCUCCUUCCACCGUCACCCUAACCUCUCCUGUCCCCUCCCUCCAACUCUGUCUCUAAGUUAUUUAAGUUAUGGCUGGGGUCGGGGAGGGUACAGGGGGCACUGGGACCUGGAUUUGUUUUUCUAAAUAAAGUUGGAAAAGCA